GCAGAGCAACUUCUCUCAAGUAUGCUGGUUGAUUUCUCGUAGGGUUUCAGGACUGUACCUAACCAAAUGGCUCCAGCUAAAGCUGAUCCGUCCAAAAAAUCUGACCCCAAGGCACAGGCAGCUAAGGUUGCCAAGGCCGUCAAGUCAGGAUCAACCUUCAAGAAGAAGUCACAAAAGUUAAGGACAAAAGUUACAUUCCACCGACCCAAGACUUUGAAGAAAGAUAGAAACCCCAAGUACCCUCGUAUUAGUGCACCUGGAAGGAACAAACCUGAUCAGUAUGGGAUUCUAAAGUAUCCCCUCACCACCGAGUCUGCGAUGAAGAAGAUCGAGGACAACAACACCCUUGUUUUCAUCGUGGACAUCAAGGCUGAUAAAAAGAAGAUUAAGGAUGCCGUGAAGAAGAUGUAUGACAUCCAGACAAAGAAGGUCAAUACCUGACUACAAUGCAUUGGACGUUGCCAACAAAAUUGGAAUCAUCUAAACUAGUUACCUGUUUAGAAUUUUACGAGAAUUUAAAAUCUUGGAUUUGAGUUUUUAGAUACACUUGAAUGGAAGUGCCUUCUAUUUUUCAUUUUGAA